GUCAACACGGAAGAAGCUCGCAUUUGUUGACGAAUUCAAUUCAGUCGAAAUAAACACUAAUAACUGAUGAUAAACAGUCUUACAGAUCAUGUCAUGGCAUGCUGUACACUAACGUGAUCGUUCAUUUUGUUGAGUGAAAAGCAUGACUCUUAGAACGAGUGUCGUAUGGGAUUAUUUUGAAGAAGUCGGUACGGAAUGGACAGUGUGCCUGUUGUGUAAACAUGUGUUGCGUAAAGAAGAACAUGACAGAAGUACGACACAGAUGCUGAGACAUUUGAAGAACAUGGCAGAAGUACGACACAGAUGCUGAGACAUUUGAAGAACAUGGCAGAAGUACGACACAGAUGCUGAGACAUUUGAAGAACAUGGCAGAAGUACGACACAGAUGCUGAGACAUUUGAAGAACAUGGCAGAAGUACGACACAGAUGCUGAGACAUUUGCGCGCCAAACACCCCGAGGUUACCGUCAUGGAACUUGGUAAGACCAAAGGACAAGAAUCUCCGACUGGACAAGGUGGGAGGAAGCCGGAGUACCCGGAGGGAACCCACGCAGUCACGGAGGAGAAUAUGCAAACUCCACACAGAAAGAUCCCGAGCCCAGGAUUGAACCCAGGACCUUCGUAUUUAGAAGUGAAUCUGAAGGAGGCAGACUCUAACAUUAUCACUGUAAACGACACUGACUUUGAUUCUUCACUAAAUGGCAUCCCUGAAGCUGCACUAACAGAGUCCACGGAAGACAGAAUAGUAAAAGAAGUCGUGGUCCAAAAGCCGCUCCCUUCAAAGACGAAAUCGCGACGUCGGAGUAUGAUCUGGAGACACUUUGAGCGCUUGGAAAGUUUAGAUGCUUGUCAGUGUUUGAUUUGCAAUACGAAGAUAAAGUACUCGCCUGAGGGCAGCACUGGCAACCUGCACAAACACAUGUCAAAAAGACACCCACAUGUGAACGUUAAAACCGGCGAGGUGCUGAAUCAACCAACAUCCAACACAUCCUCAGAACUAAAGUCACCGCAUCGUCAGAAGACAUGUCCAGCAAAUGUCACCAAUGAUGUAGCAGUUUUAGAUGUGCUCCAGGUUUCACAGGCAACUGCAGGAGAGAGGCGUGUUUUUAGGAGGGAGCUGGAGUUGAUAGAAGCUAUUAGAAGGACGCAGAGGGAGGAGGCGAAGGCUGUAGAGCAUCAGAGGGAGCUUGUCGAGAAGCUGAGGGCUAUCAGCACCAGAGAGGCUGCUCUUGAGAAAAAGCAUAUUGAAUCUCUUAGGAGAGCACAGCAGGACGAAGCCCAAAACUUAAGCAAACAAAGAGAAGAACUCGAAAGAGAAAAGGCGGCGUUGCAAAGGAAAUAGGAGCAGAGGAAGGAGUAACAACUCUUGCUUUCUGAAGAACAUCCAACUUCAUUCUCCUAAGUGUGAGAAUGUUUUUAUUGACUACUUUGGCAUCAUUGCAAAUGUCUGAUUUUUGUUAGGUUUUUUUCAAAUAAAAUCUGCUUUGUAGAACA